AUGCAGGAGCGUUGGGAAUACUCCGCCCCGUUGGAGAAUGACCAGGCCCAGUGGGAAAGGGUUGUCCAAGAAUACCCGGCUCUUCAUCCGAAGGAACGUUUUGCGUAUCACUCGGCCAGCGGGUGGGACGAUGCCUACCAUUCCCACCCCGAACUUAUAGAUGACCCCACCAUUAGGUCUAUACUCGCACUGCUCACGCCGGAGAAGACGCGCCGGGUGCUGGAGGGCCGGCAGACGGCUGACGAGCGCGACUUGGGCGUACGCGCGACAACGGCUUUCGGGUGGUGCGACCUGGCCGCCUGGGUACGCGUCUGCUACGACCCCGAACUUGAAGACGCCUACAAUCAACUGGUCGAGCAAACGGAGCUCGAGGACAUCGGCGGUAUGCUCGACAGCGGAAACGUGGGGCUGAAUAACCCUCUGCUUUACGGCCACCUGGCUGGCGCAAAACACGAGGCUGCCAUCAGGGGCAAGCACGUCAAGCUCCUCUGGCUCGAUACCUACGGCAAAUGUCUCUGGAGCAACAAAAUCAAGGUAACGAGGUUUCCACACUUCGUGGGAGCAUUUCUGGGGGGCUACUCUCUCGAUGAGGCGGUUGAUAACGGGGAGCUCUUCGACAACGAGGGUUCGGAGCAAAGACACCGGUAGGAGCUAACGACGGCGCGGGGGAGCCAUCGGUGAGUGGCUGGCAUUAGGAUCCCACUUGGACUACAUGUA